CUGCCUCCAGUGCCUUCCCAUCUGAGCCUCUCUCCCCUGACUGACAGCCCCAGCAAGGGAGACAAAAAAAAAUGUCUUUCACCGUGUCUCAGAAGAGCUACCGGAGCAGCUCCUCUGGCCCUGUCCGCACCUUCAGCAGCCGCUCUUACACCCCAGGCCCCGUCAGCAGUUCCCGAAUCAGUAACUCUUAUGCCUCCUCCAGCUAUGGGGGGAGCAGGUUUGGAGGGGGCAGCGGCAGCUUCCGUGGGUCAUCCAUCGGAGGCGGCAUGGGUGGCAUCACGGCCGUCAGCGUCAACAAGAGUCUCCUGGCACCCCUGAAUUUGGAGAUCGACCCCACCAUCCAGCAAGUGAGGACCAAGGAGAAGGAAGAGAUCAAGACCCUCAACAAUAAAUUCGCCAACUUGAUCGACAAGGUUCGUUUCCUGGAGCAGCAAAACAAAAUGCUGGAGACCAAAUGGAGCCUGCUGCAGAGCCAGAAGACCACCCGCAGCAACAUGGACAGCAUGUUCGAGGCCUACAUCAACAACCUGCGCCGGCAGCUGGACGGGUACGGGCAGGAGAGGGCGAAGCUGGACGCAGAGCUGGCCAACAUGCAAGGCCUUGUGGAGGAAUUCAAGUCGAAGUAUGAGGAAGAAAUCAACCACCGGACUGAGAAGGAGAACGAGUUUGUCCUUCUUAAAAAGGAUGUGGACGAAGCUUACAUGAACAAGAUUGAAUUGGAAACCCGUCUGGAAUGCUUGACGGAUGAAAUCAACUUCUUGAGGCAGCUGUACGAUGAGGAACUGCGCGUAAUGCAGUCGCAGAUCAACGAUACCUCUGUGGUCCUGUCAAUGGACAACAACCGCAGCUUGGACCUGGACGGCAUCAUCGCCGAGGUCAGAGCGCAGUAUGAAGAGAUCGCCAACAGGAGCCGAGCCGAAGCGGAGAGCAUGUACCAGACCAAGUACGAAGAGCUCCAGACCAUGGCGGGCAGGCACGGAGACGACCUCCGCAACACCAAGACUGAAAUCAACGAGCUGAACAGGAUGAUCACCCGGAUACAGUCUGAAAUUGACGGUCUGAAAGGCCAGCGUGCUAACCUGGAAGCCGCCAUUGCUGAGGCCGAGGAGCGCGGAGAGCUGGCGGUCAAGGAUGCCAGCGUCAAACUGGCUGAGUUGGAGAGCGCCUUACAGAGAGCCAAGCAGGAUAUGGCCCGCCAGCUGCGGGAGUACCAGGAGCUGAUGAACGUCAAGCUGGCUCUCGACAUCGAGAUCGCCACCUACAGGAAGCUGUUGGAAGGAGAGGAGAGCAGGCUGGAAACUGGGAUGCAGAACAUGAGCAUCCAGACCAAAACAACUGGCUACUCUGGUGGCCUUUCCAGCGGCUUCAGUAGCUACGGGGGUGGCUACAGCUCUUCAUACUCAAGCGGCGGAUACUCCACCAGCUCCUUCCCUCUGGAGAGCUCAGCCACCACCAAGACGAAGGCCAUCGUCAUCAAGAAGAUCGAGACCCGCGAUGGGAAGCUGGUGUCUGAAUCCUCUGACGUGCUGUCCAACUGAGCGGUCACUCCAUGCAGAGAGGAAGGACCCUCUUGGAGUGCCUUCAUCCGAAUUGCCUUUCCCUCAUCUAGUUGUGCGGAUGGGCUUCUAGGAUAAAUGGGAUGGGGGCAAGGAGGGUGGAGGAACACUUUUUCUUUCUCUUAAAUAACUUUUCUCUAAGAUGCCAGAUAUAAUUUCUGAUCUCUCUCUCUCUCUUUCCUUGUCCUUCUUAUAGAAAGUGCCUGUGAGCCAAGCUACACAUGACGAAUGACACUUGAACCGCAAGUGGAUUGAGUGGAGGGCAAGUGAACAGGGAGAAAUACACUUGCCAUUCAAGUGUCAUUCGUCAUGUGUAGCUUGGCCCUUAGUUUUAGGUAGGUAGCCAUGCUGGUCUGCAGUAGAACAGCACGAUUAAAACCCAGUAGCACCUUAAAGACUAGUAAGAUUUUCAGGGUAUUGGCUUCCGAGAGUCAAAGCUCCCUUCAUCAGAUACCUAACGCAGGCAGCGUUGACUCUCAUAUCUGACGGAGUUUUGACUCGCAAAAGCUCAUACCUUGCAAAAUCUUGUUGGCCUUUAAGGUGCUUCUAGACUCAAAUCUUGCCGAUUUGUGCCUUGUUUUUGAUCCUUCCAAAAACCUAGGGAAUAAACUCCAGCAAGGAUUUCCCCUUCUUCGGUAACGUUGCCCCCCCCCCUGCAUAUUUAGAUAAAGGGACACUUAAUGGCCUUUCGAUGCUUCAAGAAUCAUGUUCUAGAAUCUCAAGAAUUUGGCUUCGCUUGAGCCCAGCUCUGCAAUCCUUACGUUGGAGUAAGCCCCAUGCCAUAAAAUGGGACUUGCUUCCAGGUAGACUUUCUUAGGAUUGCAUUGCAAAUCUCUCUGGUAAAGAAAGCACCUCUAGGCAACUGGCUGAGGAAGGCUUGAUGACCGUUCCUGCUAGUCUAGGCAGAGGUGCAGGAGGGCGAGCAGUAACGACGGAGAGUUAAUAAUCCUGCUGUUAAUGCGUAAUCCCCUCUAGCUCACUGUGGAGUAUCCUUAGGUCAAAGCUUUAGAACCACAACUGUGAACAAACCCGUUUUUUGUCUGCAAAGAUAGGUACAGGAUAGCACAAGGAUCCAAUGCAACAGCGGACGGGUUGCGUGCCUCACAAUGCACUCCUAAGCAUAUAUACUCAGGAGUAAAUCUUGCAAACUCAAUGGGACUUAUGCCUUAGAUUGCAGCUUUAGCUGCAUUCAGCAGAAAUGCCUGGUCUCUGUUGCAGUGGUUUACCUUAGUGCUGGGCCCUUUUAUCUGUGUUUUGUGUAGACAAAAGGGAUAACUAAGCACACCUCGUUCUAUCUUCCUGCAUUCUGGGUGGAGCCCUAAUGCAAAACAAUGUGAAUUUUUCUUUUCUUUUUAAAGCCCUGUUUUGGUUUAAAACUGUGCCUCUUUAUCUUUCUUUUCAUCAUCUUUGCCUUGUGGUCUUUUUCACUUCUGUGGGCAGCAGUUAAAAAGAGGAAAAAAUGGGUUGCAGGACCAAAGAUUUUUUUAAAAAAAAAACAUUUGAGGAAAAGUUGAAUGUUCUUUUUGAGACAUACCCUUAACAGCCUGAGUCUGUGCAGGUUUACUCGGAAGCAAGUCCCACCACAACAAAAUAUGACUGUAUGAGUGUCCUGGAUUGUAGCCUUAGGGGGUUAUUCUUAAUUAUGGUCUCCAAGGUACCAAGUCUCCAUUUUAGUGGGAUUUAUGCAUGAAUAAAUGGGCACAUGGGAUGUAUGCUCUUACAACUCUUAGCUCGAGCUCCUCUUUAAAUAAAAAAAAGAACUGUGGAUUAUUCAACCAUCUUAUGUCUCUCUUUGUUCUGUCUCCUCAAAUUGUGACCAUGCAAGGCAAAUGUUGGCUGACAUCUCGCUCAAUAAAAACCUGUUAAUUACAAAA